UUUCUGCACUAUGGCCAUUACAAAAUUGUCCCCCGCCAACACGGUCUCUCUAUACCACGAAUCCAAAUCCUACAACAAUUACACUCAUACACGCAUGUUUCUUUAUUUCUUCUUUAAUGGAAUUUAUGUCGAAAAUAAAUAUAAAAGGAAAACUUGUAAACGAAAAAAGGAAUUGAGAUGGUAAGGAAGAUACCGGAGGAGGAGAUACAAAACAUGUCUCCUAUUCACCUCCAACCACACAAACCACUUUCCCCCAAUGUUUUUCCCCUAUCACUUAAGAAUAUGAGUUUAUGAGUGUAACCUGGGCUUGUGGGUUUCUUGGAUUUUUAGGCUUCGUUGCUGGUACGUGUGUAAAAGUUCAGAGAUUUUUUGAUUUUUUUGACCGGGGUUUGGUGGGAUUUUUUUGGGUUUUCGUUGUUGGCAUUAGAGUUUGAACAAGAAGAUGAAUAGGGCUUCGACGGAUUUUCAUCAAUCUCAUACUGUUGAUGAAGAAGGUAAGGCGAAGCUCAAAUAUCAAACACUUGCGAAUGAAUUCUUGGAAUUGCAAAAGGAAUUUGUUUCAAAGAAGAGGAAAUUGAAGGCUGCAAAGCGAAAAAGAGAUAAAGUUUUUGCUGAAGUCAGAUGUUUGAGGCAAAGACGGAAAAUCUUACAUAGAAUUAAAGAUUCAAAUAAGGGGAAAGAUAUUCUACAUUUGCAAAAUUUAGAUGAAGAAAUCAAUGUUGUUGAAGGGGAAAGAAAUCAUAGUGCCUCUGAAGUUGCAGCUGGAAAUUCAGACGCGAUUCCGGUCUCGAAUUCUCUUAUGAAAAGUGAGGAGGAUGGAAGACAACACCAAGUUCUUGAGAAGGAACCUGGAUUUGGCAAUGGGCCGAAGAGUGGCUUAAUUCGUGAUAAAGUAGUUGGCAAGAGGAAGAUCUCACAGCAUGAUCAGUACACUCUUCAGGCCUAAUAUCAGUGCAUAUUUCAGAUGAGCAGACUCAGUAGUUUUUAUUUUGCUAGACAUAGUUAAUCGUUGGUCGCCAUUGUUCUUAUAGAUUGCUGAUCCAACUCGAUCUUUUACAGUGAUGUUUAUGUUCUCAUAAUUAAAUACAUUUCGUAAGAUCAAAAUUUAGAUCGUCAUAUAUAGUGAACCCGCACCCACUGAAAAUUUCAUUUGCUAUCAUAAGGAAAGCUAGCAGCUCUUCAUUUGUUAGGUUUUUUCUUUGCCCAACGUCUUAUUCGAGAAAUGUAGCAGAUAGGAUAAUAUAUGUAGAUUUUGCAGAACCCUUCUCUAAAUCAAUAAGUAUAUUCGAUGUCUGGUUAUCGGUCAACAAUCAUAUCUCUAGUCUUUUUAUCUGUCAAUUUGUCAAGGUCUAUAUCAAGUUACGUACAAAUGUCUAUUUGGGUUGUAAACAUGCCUGUUUUGAAAAAGUGAUUGCAUUUUCUACUAUUGGA